AUGAGCACCAGAAACACACUACCCCAUUCAUCCUUCUCCCUCUCCCUUAACACUCACAUCGCCUUCCUCCAAAAUUCUAUCAUUUCGCUGCUCGCUGAGCAAACCAAGCUGUCCGACAAGAUCGACAGGCUUAAGGGCAUUGUUGAGGAGCUACGAUGGGAGACGCGGCGGGACACUGAGAUGUUGAGGGAGCGGGUGGGGUGUCCGAGUUGCGUGAGCGGGCGGUUUACGCCGGUGGAGGGGUUGGUGGGGAGGGGAGAUAUGAAAGAGGGGGUUGGGAAGAAGGACCAUUUGUGGGUGGGGGGGAAAGUUGCAGUGUUCGGCGGAUACAUAUCCGGGUAG